AUGUCGAGUACUAGCUCUCGGAGUUCACGUCGCAGAAAUGAUGAACGGACGUCAGCGGAUUUGUUAAGCACUGGGACUGCACAUGAAAGAACUGGUGAGUCGAGUCACUCUCGUUCGAGGUCACGUCGUACUCGGGAAGGCCAAACAGAGCCUACAAGCAAUGCAGAACCCACGUCUGGUCUUCGUACAUCCGAAGUGGAACCCGGAAGUCCUUUGUCGUAUAGUGACAUGUCUAGUGUGGCCACUGGAGUCGGCGAAGAUAUUUUAAGCUCGGUCAGACCUGGAGUCAAUGAUGAGUUGGCCGUUCGUGCUGUUUUAUCUCAAACUGGACCGCUUAUUCCUGCGACAACAGGUGCAGCUGGUACUACUGAUGCAUCAACUGCAAGUGGACCUCAGACGGUAAUAUGGGGUACUGAUGUUAAUAUCGCCCAAGUGAUGUCAAGAUUUAAACACUUUCUACUGACAUACAUUCCUUCAGAAUUAACGGGUCAACCAAAUCUAACUACAGGUCAACCAAUUGAUCCCGAAAGGCCUCUUUAUUUACAAAGAAUGGAAGAUCUAGCAAUAUCAGGUUCAACUGCUUUAGAUAUUGAUUGUGAACAUCUUCGUUCUGCUAGACCAGAGUUGUAUACACAGUUGGUGACUUUUCCAAAGGAGGUUAUUCCUGCAUGUGAUGCUGCUGCCCAUGCUUUAUUUCUGGAUCGCUUUCGGGAAGUGCAGCUGGAAAGACCAAUACAGAUUCGACCAUUCAACUGUGCACGUUCCCGGGAUUUACGCAGUCUUGAUCCUGAUGACCUUGACCAACUUGUAACUGUUACAGGACUUGUAAUACGAUUAUCUCCACUCAUACCUGAAAUGAUGCGUGCGGAAUUUAAGUGCGCUAUUUGUAGUGCAAUGACAUCUGUUCCUUGUGAACGCGGACGUAUAGCGGAACCCGAGGCUUGCAUACGUUGUCAUUCGGCGCAUACAGCUCAAUUACAACAUAAUCGAUGUCUGUUUGUGGAUAAACAAAUGAUUAAACUACAGGAGUCGCCGGAAGAUAUGCCUGCCAGUCAAACGCCACACACGGUUCUUAUGUAUGCUCAUGAAGAACUUGUUGAUAAAGUUCAACCUGGCGAUCGAGUCGUCGUCACGGGUAUUUAUCGUGCUAUACCUUUACGAAUGUCAAAUCGACAGCGCACACUUAAAGCAGUUUAUAAAACCUACAUAGAUGUCCUUCAUUUCCUUCGGGAAGGUGAUGAUCGAGUACAAACUGACCAAGUGACUACUGAUGAACACACUAGUUUAGAAGCCCGUAUUCUGCGUCAUUUCACAGAGGAACGUAUCGAGGAGUUUCAUGCACUGUCUCGAAAACCCGAUCUCUAUGAACGUCUUAUGGCUGCUAUCGCACCUACAAUAUACGAAAAUGAGGAUAUCAAAAAGGGUAUUCUUCUCCAGUUAUUCGGUGGUACACGUAAAGACUUUUCUUCCAAGGGACGCGGUGAUUUUCGUUCUGAAAUCAACAUACUGUUGUGCGGUGAUCCUGGUACUUCAAAAUCUCAACUCCUUCAGUAUGUGUAUCGUCUUACUCCUCGUGGUCAGUACACUUCUGGUAAAGGAAGCUCUGCUGUGGGGUUGACAGCUUAUGUUACGAAAGAUACAGAAACACGCCAACUGACUUUACAGACUGGUGCACUAGUAUUGGCUGACAAUGGAAUUUGUUGCAUCGAUGAAUUCGAUAAAAUGUCUGAUUCAACUCGUUCUGUUUUGCAUGAAGUGAUGGAACAACAAACUUUGAGUAUAGCAAAAGCUGGAAUUCUUUGUCAGCUUCAUGCUCGAACAUCAAUUUUAGCAGCCGCCAAUCCGAUCGGUUCUAAAUGGGAUCCUAAUAAAACAAUUAUUGAUAAUAUACAGUUACCGCAUACACUACUUUCAAGAUUCGACCUCAUUUUCCUCAUCUGGAUCCACAAGAUGAAAUCUACGAUACAAGAUUAG